AACCAUACUAUAUUUCCUAAACUCUCUAGCCUAAGCCAAAAAACAACAAAAAAAAGCUUCAUAUACCUAAAUAUCAAUGGCUGAUUCUCUUUUCCGGUUGUUUGGCCUCAUUGACGAUGAGGACGAAUCUGACCUUGAGCCAAGGCCGCUACACAACCAAGGUGGUGGUGUUGCUUCAUCAAGGAAGAGCACCAAACCACGAAACUCGUUGAACAAAACAGAGACACAAAACUUGAAAGGUCUUAUAAACAACACUGGCCAUGCUGAGGGUAAUGGUAAUGGCUCCAUCAUCUUCGGUGGCUUUGAUUCCUCCACCACCUACACUUCUGUUAAGCGUCGCAACUGAUCGGGACUAAGAUUAUAUCUUUAAUUUCCAAUAAAAGAGAGGCUGAUCUGUUUUAUAUUUAACAUGUUCCCUGUAAUAUCCUAUGUAUGUACGUUAUAAUAUAUAUAAUAACAAUAUUAUGCUUUCA